AUGUCAGCACCAGUUAAAUCAUCAGAAAAAGUUCCAACGGUCGAAGAAUUGACCAAUCAAGUCAACGAUCUAACUCUUUUAGUUAAGAAGCAAUCUCAAUUGUUAUCAAAGACUGGGGAACAAGUUUUAUCACUUCAAGUUAAAUCUCAAAAAGAAAGUAUUGAUAAUUUCGAUCCAAAGAGUCUUAGAGGUUCAUCAUCAAGAGUUUCCAAAAAGAUCCCACAAUUGGAUACCACUGAUUUUGCCACCAAUGAAGAUCUUGUUGAAUUAGUUGGUGAAUUACAAGGUCAAUUAGAUGUUAUUGAAGAAAGAUCAAUUAGAAGAUUAGUCAAUUCUCAUAAAAAAUCUACAGAUAUCUUAGCUCCUCAAUUAAACCAUGAUGGUGAAGAACCUCCAUUAGAAAUCUAUCCAAAGAAUGUUGAAGAAUUCACUAAAAUUUCUGAUUCAAAUUUGGUUCAAUUAGCAAGAUUUUAUGAAGCAUUACCACCUACUGAAGCUGAAAAAAGAGAAUUUGAAGCUUUUGUUGAAGGUAAAUCUGAUAAAGUUCAAGAAUCAAGCAUUAAAGUUGAUGCUUCAAGUUAUUCCAAAGAUGAUUUAGAUGAAGCUUUUGAUAAAGUUGCAAGAUUAUUAGGUUUACCAGUUAGAAGAACUGUUGAAGCAUGGUAA